UGUCUACACAGAUCUUUCUGUCUACCACCGCAGUUGUUUUAAAUUAUUUACUUUUGUUAACUUGGAGGUAUUUGAAUGACGUACCUCUACGGGAAGAAUAAGCUUUGCUCAAAGUUAGCAAAUAACUGAAGACUCCAGUGCUAGGCCCUUGCCCAUUCUGGAAACACUGGUGUCAACCUGAAAGCCUGUCAUACUUCAGUUUUCCAAGUGACAUAAGAUAUGGCUUCAGCCGACAAGAAUAUAUACUUCAUCUUAAUUGCAAAACCGCCAAUUGGGUACAUGGAAGCUGGUGAAAUAUGCUUCAUUGACAAGGAUCUAUAUGUGGAAUGGAAAAAGGGAAACAACACAGACCCUUUACCUGUAGUUCGUAUGGGCAGAGCAAUGCAUACAGACAUUGAUGCACUUCUACUGAGACCAUUGUCACUCAGAUCAGCAGAAUUACUGCUGGCUCUUGAGUCCAAUAUAGAGCGACUGGUUGCACUGAACGACUCUAAGGCUUUAGAGGAGGCUUCAAAUCUGUCCUUAGACAGUCGGGUUUAUGUGGAGUAUAAUGGGAAAUGGCUCAAAGGUGUGAUUCGAUACAUUGGAAAUAUCAAAUCUUGUAGCUUUGAACCUAUUACAGGAGUCUUCUUUGGGGUGGAACUGCAGGGUGAAGAUACAGGAAAAGGUCAAAAUAAUGGUUCCUACUUCUACAAGACCUACUUCACAUGUCCCAAAGACUCAGGCAUUUUUGCCCCUUUUACAAGAAUCAAACCAAUGGAUCAUAAACCUUCAGCACCACCAUUACCUACUCAGUCUUCCCCAUCCAUGACAUCUACUGAGCCUCUCAAUGUUGGAGACAGAGUAACCUUUUUUGGUGACAAAAAUGCGCACCAUGGCAUGGUUAUGGCUAUAAACGACAGCCCAGAUGGUAAAAUGGUUCUCAUAUCUACCGAUAAAGAUGUUGAGGGGAAGCAAGGAGGAGAGAUGACAGUCCCACUGGAUUGUGUAAUUAAAGAGGAGCUGUUAAAUAAAGACGAAACUGAAAAAAUGGACACUUCUCAAAGCCCAGACAUGGGGGUUGUUCCUGAUUCUGAAGAAAUUUCUGUAGGCUCCCUAGUGCAGUUUAUUGUGGGGAAAAAAAUAGCUUAUGGAAUUGUACGCUGGAUUGGAUUUUUACCUGAUUAUCCUGAGAAGAGUGCUUUGCUGGAAGUGGAGGACGGCAGUGGAGUGAGUGAUGGAUCAUAUAAAGGAAAACAAUACUUUAAAUGUCCUCCUCAAAGUGGUUUAUUUGUGAAACUGUCAAUUUGUCGGCCUGAUGAUCGUUUCUCUGCUGCAAAGGAGGAGUUUAAUGGAAACUCUGAUAAAGCAUCUGUAUAUGUGGAAGAGGAGAAUGUACCACCUAUUAGAACAGAAGAUGUGUCAAAGCGAUUGAUUGGUCAGAUGAAGGGCAUUCAGGGUCACUGCAACUCCUGUUAUAUGGACUCUGCCCUGUUCAGUGUGUUUUCCUGUUCAUCAGUUCUGGAUUCUCUGCUUUUUAAGUCUACGCAAGAUCAAACCAUUCAAAGCAUCCUACUGAAAAGCAUUGUCAAUCCUCUCCGCAAGCAUGGUUUUGUAUCAGAGUGCAGUGUGAUGAAUCUUCGGAAGCAAUUACAAAAUCGGGAACGCUGCCCCACUUACACCACAGAUGAGAAGGAUCCUGAAGAGUUCCUCUCUCUCAUCAUGCAAGAGAUUCUCUCGCUAGAUCCGCCACUUAAACUCUGCAGCCCAUCAGAAAGUGGACAUAAAGAGCAAAGCUGUUACUACUACCAAAUCUUUAUGGAUUACAACCACCAUUUAGUCCUGCCGACGGUUCAACAGCUACUGGAACAUUCGUUUUUCAGCAACAGUCUGAAACUAGCAGAGGUGCCUGCCUGUCUGAUUCUUACUAUGCCUCGCUCAGGGAAGAGUUUCAAAAUGUUUCCAAAAAUCAUUCCUUCUAUAGAACUGGACAUCACAGGUCUUCUCGCUGAUGGUCCUCAGCCGUGUGUGUUGUGUGGUCAGCUAGCAAAGGAAGAGUGUGCUGAGUGCUUCAGAGACACAUUGUUUAGUGAUACAGGAUUCAAAUAUUUCUGUUUGAAAUGUUCUACUCAGGUUCACUUGCACAAGCAGCGUCGAUGCCACAAAACCAGAAGCCUGCAUCUUCCUCAGGGCUUCUCUUACUCACAGAGUUCAGGGACUGAUUCACGCACUCCUCCACGGGAGAAAUUAGAGCUGUUUGCUGUGCUGUGCAUAGAGACCAGCCACUACGUCUCUUUCGUCAAAUACGGACCUCGGGAUACUGACUGGAUCUUCUUUGAUAGUAUGGCUGACCGCGUUGGUGAAAGCAAUGGCUAUAACAUCCCAGAAGUGCGGGCAUGUCCAGAGGUUGGCCAGUACCUACAUAUGUCUCUGGCUCAGCUGGCAAAUCAAGUGCCUCGAGAGAUGGAAGGUGUGGCGAAGCGACUCUUUUGUGACGGUUACAUGUACCUUUAUCAGAGCAAGAGCAUGUCUCUGUAUCGAUGAUUGAAUCAACACGUACACAUCAAUUAAUGAGAAUCGUAUUA